UAUCCUGUCUCUUUGCAUUGUGUAGUGAUGAUGCCAAAAGAAAAGCCGCCCAUCACAGUGGUUGGAGAUGUUGGUGGAAGAAUAGCCAUCAUCGUGGAUGAUAUUAUCGAUGACGUUGAUGGUUUUGUGGCAGCUGCUGAGAUUCUGAAAGAGCGAGGCGCGUAUAAAAUAUAUGUCAUGGCUACUCAUGGUCUUCUUUCUGCCGAUGCCCCUUGUUUGAUUGAGGAGUCAGCCAUUAAUGAGGUGGUUGUAACAAAUACCAUUCCUCAUGAAGUGCAAAAACUACAGUGUCCCAAGAUCAAAACUGUCGAUGUCAGUAUGAUACUGUCUGAAGCCAUCCGUCGUAUCCACAAUGGUGAAUCCAUGUCGUACCUGUUCCGCAACAUCACAGUUGAUGACUAGCUUUUUCCUGAGUCCCCUCUCUGAGGCUGUAAAGUAUGUAGCAGACAGGUAAUGCAAGUGCAUUAUAGUACUGCCUGGAACAACUGUAAUUGCUGAGGGCACAGUCCGUUCUGCGCCUACAGAGCCUGGGUAUUUCUGUCUGUUAAAAAUAUUGUUGUGCGAGAACACAAGGGACAUCCUGCAUUCAAAUCAACAUUUUACAUAUUUACUGCAUUGUCAUUUCAUUCUGUAGAUAAAGACUGUACAGUCUGUUGAAAAUUGCUGCUUGAUGGCUGUUUUAAUGCUGUAUAUUGUCAAUAAACACCAUGCAAUUUGGUAACUCAA